UCAUCUGUAGCAUAGAGAGUAUCGAAAAAUAUUAUUAGAAGCAUUUCUCUUCCCUAUUGCGCUUGAACAAACUAUACUCUUUGUGACGAUCUUCUCGAUGCUCUUUCUCUCUCUUCUUCCUUCAUAAUUUCUUUCUCUCUCUCACACACCACGCACAUUUGCUCUGCCACAUCACUACUUCACCUCCCUCAAUUGCGAAUCCAGAUCGCCCAUUCCGAUUUGAAUCUCUCUGAUUUGUCUCUGCUUGCAGGUGUGUUAUUAUUUGAUAAUCGGAAUACGGUGCUGGACACAUGAAUUCAUUUGCUCUGUUCAUUGGAAUCUGAAUUUAUGUGUUAGAGUAUUUAUGCUAUUAGCAUUUUCUAAUUAGCUGUGUGCACUGCUUGGGUUGAAUUAGGAUUCACGCUGAGUAAUCUGCUUGCAAAAGUGGAAAAUGGGUUCAAUGACCCAAUCUCCAGUGUCAUUCACUGGAAAUUUGGCUUCCAAACCCUCUGCUUCAGAUCUUUUUAAGAGUUCUAGUAAUUCUGUUUGUGGUGUACCCCUAAAAGCACUUGGAAGGACCCAACUAGGAGUAAAACGGAGAGACUUUACUAUCUCUGCAAAGGUUAGGAAACUGAAAAAGCACGAAUAUCCAUGGCCGGAAGAUCCUGAUCUGAAUGUGAAGGGUGGAGUCCUCAGUCAUCUCUCACCUUUCAAGCCUUUGAAAGAGAAGCCGAAGCCAGUGACCUUGGAUUUUGAAAAGCCUCUUAUGGAUCUGCAGAAGAAAAUUGUUGAUGUACAAAAAAUGGCAAAUGAAACUGGGCUGGACUUCAGUGAUCAAAUUAUCUCGCUAGAGAACAAAUAUCAACAGGCCCUGAAAGAUCUGUACACGCAUUUGACUCCUAUACAGCGUGUGAACAUUGCUCGGCAUCCUAAUAGGCCAACGUUUCUUGAUCAUGUCUUCAAUAUUACUGAGAAGUUUGUAGAGCUCCAUGGUGAUAGGGCUGGAUACGAUGAUCCUGCUGUGGUCACUGGUCUUGGUACAAUUAAUGGUAGGAGUUACAUGUUCAUGGGCCAUCAGAAGGGACGGAAUACAAAGGAGAAUAUUCAGCGUAACUUUGGGAUGCCUACUCCCCAUGGUUAUCGGAAGGCACUGCGCAUGAUGUACUACGCAGAUCACCAUGGAUUUCCAAUUAUUACUUUUAUUGACACUCCAGGGGCAUAUGCUGACCUUAAAUCUGAGGAACUUGGCCAAGGGGAAGCAAUAGCUCAGAACUUGAGGACCAUGUUUGGUCUGAAAGUACCAAUUGUCUCAAUUGUUAUGGGAGAAGGUGGCUCUGGUGGAGCUCUGGCUAUCGGUUGUGCAAACAAACUAUUAAUGCUUGAAAAUGCAGUCUUCUAUGUUGCCAGUCCAGAGGCAUGUGCAGCAAUCUUGUGGAAGAGUGCAAAAGCUUCUCCAAAGGCAGCUGAGAAGCUGAAGAUAACAGCUAAAGAACUGUGCAAGCUAGAAGUUGCUGAUGGCAUCAUCCCUGAACCUCUCGGCGGGGCACAUGCUGAUUCAUAUUGGACUUCACAACAGAUAAAGACUGCGAUUGUUGAAUCAAUGGAUGAACUUGGAAAAAUGGACACAGAAGAGCUUUUAAAACAUAGGGCUCAAAAGUUCCGUAAACUUGGUGGAUUCCAAGAGGGAAUUCCAAUUGAUCCAAAGAAGAAGGUCAAUAUGAAAAAGAAAGAAGAUACCAUAGUUUUGUCCAAGACUUCAGAAGUGGAGUUGAGGGAUGAAGUUCAAAAGCUAAAACAGCAGAUUCAGAAAGCUGGAAAAGCGUCUGCAGAUCAUCCAGAACCGGGUCUAAAUGAGAUGAUAGAGAAGUUGAAAAGAGAAAUUGAUUCCGAGUAUGAAGAAGCUGUAAAAGCUGUAGGUUUGGAGGACAAAAUUGUGAUGUUGCGAGAAGAAGUUGCAAAAGCAAGAAAUUUGAAAGACCAGCUCACACCUGCAUUGAAGGAAAAGAUUGAACUGUUGAAUGAUGAAUUUAACAAGAAUCUUCCAUCUGCUCCUAAUUACUCCAGCCUGAAAUAUAAGCUUGAUAUGUUGAAGGAAUUAUCCAAUGCUCAGAAUAUGUCAGAAAAGAGCACCAACACAGACAAACUGAAAGUGGAAAUUGAUAAGAGAUUCAAAGAAGUCAUGGAUCGGCCUGAUCUAAAACUAAAGAUUGAGACAGUGAAAGGUGAAAUUGCAAAAUCAGGGGUGUCUGAACUAGUUAAUUUAAACCAAGAUCUAAAGGAAAAAUUUGUGCAGUUGAGCGAAGAGUUAGAGUCAGAAUUUAAAGCUAUUCUUGAAUCCAUGGGAUUGCAGGUGUAUCCACGUUCAGCCCUAGAAGCGAAGGCAAAACUAGACACGCUUUAUGAAGAAACUGAUAUGAUUAUAGAAGAUGUAAUCAAUUCAUCAAAUUUGAAAGACAAAAUUGAUCUGCUGAAGAUGGAAGUGGCAAAUGCUGGAAAUACACCAGAUGCAGAGUCAAAAAGCAAGAUUCAGGCUUUGGAGGCAGAAAUCAAGCAGGCUGUUGUCGAGGCUGCAAGUUCCCCUGAACUGAAAGAGAAGUAUGAGAAGCUGCAGUCCCAGAUUCUUGAAGCCACCAAAUCUUCUGUAGGAUCAGAUGGAAGUUUGGUUCAACAAAAUCUAGAUGACCAGUUGAAGCACGAUGGAUCGCCAGUAAAAGUCAAUUCAGAAGCAAACCGCAGCUUUGUCUGAAUGAUGGCCAUGGAUAAAUCAGUUGAAACUGCCCAGCAUGCUGGAUGGAGCUUUUUUCAACCUGCAGUUUUUCUCCAGUACUGAGUACCAGCAUCUUCAGGAGUCCCUGAGGUUUUGAAUUCGCAAAAACAUAGAUGGUGGCUUGUAAGAUAUGAUUUUUUCUGCUUCAUUUUCCUUCCUGGACUAAACCUUUAAACUUUACAUUGUUUAGCUUUAUGUUUUUAAUUUUAUGUUGCUUUGGAGUUUCGUAAAUUGCCUUUUUUAUUUCCCAGCAGAUAAAGGAACAUAUAUUUGUAUAAAUUAAUUAAUUGAGUUCCAAGAA